CAGCAUCCCGGGCCGGCCGCCUCCCCGCUUGGCGUACCGCGAUCCCGGGAUAUUUUCCCUCCCGGCACCCCGGCCCCAUUGCGGUUCCCCUCCUGUGUCUCUAUCCCGGUGUAUUUCCCCUCCCGGCACCGCGUCGCUGUUGCGAUUCACCUCCUGUACCUAUAUCGGAGUACGGGGGCAUUCCCCUCGGAGCGCCCCCACCUAAUUGCGUUUCUCCUCCUACAUCCCGAUCCGGGUGUCUUUCCCCUCCUGCAUCCCAAUCCGGAUGCAUUUCCUUUCCUGCAUCCCAACAUGGGUGCAUUUCCCCUUCUGCAUCGCAGUGCCGGUGCAAUUCCCUCGGUGCACCUCGACCUACUCUGUCCUUUCACCCCCAGGUUUACGCAUCCAUGAGUAUUUGUACUUCCAAGUGCUGAGCCCCGGAGACAUCCGCUACAUCUUCACUGCCACCCCAGCCAAGGAUUUCGGUGGCGUGUUUAACACAAGGUACGACCAGAUCCACCUGGUCCCAGCGGAUCCUCCGGAAGCCUGUGGAGAGCUGAACAAUGGGGUCUUCAUCCAGGACCAGAUCGCCUUGGUGGAGAGGGGGGGCUGCUCCUUCCUGUCCAAGACCCGAGUGAUCCAGGAGCACGGCGGGCGGGCCGUGAUCAUCGCUGACAAUGCCUACGACAACGACAGCUUCUACAUCGAGAUGAUCCAGGACAGCUCCCGGCGCACGGCCGACAUCCCCGCGCUCUUCCUCCUGGGCAGGGAUGGGUACAUGAUCAGGCGCUCCCUGGAGCAGCACGGGCUCCCCUGGGCCGUCAUCUCCAUUCCUGUCAACGUCACCAGCAUUCCCACCUACGAGAUGAUGCAGCCCCCCUGGACAUUCUGGUAGCAGCAAGAGGCUGUGGCAGAUUGAGGACUUCUGGUGGAUCCCAGGAUCUCACCCUAAGGACCAGGUUUGAGGAAAGGAUCCCAACGUGCUCCAGAGAUCCCGCUGGAUUCGGCGACAGGGAGAUCUUUCUGCUGGGACCAGUGUGUGGCCAAGGGCAAACACCAGUGCCAGGGGGGAGCCUUGAGCCUGGCACUGCACCGUGACUGUGUGGGAGGGAGGUGAAGGCCCAGAGCAGGCCAGCACUUCCCAGGAAACAUUUGACCUUGUGCUGCUGAUUUGGAGGGAUGCAGGACUGGCAGGAAUGGGGGGGGAGAGCGACACAGGCUUGAUCUGUAGCAGCAGGGCUCACCUGUUGUCUGUAUAUUUUUGUCUGAGCUAAUGAAGUCUGAGUAAGUUUUA